AUCUCAGUUUAUUGGAUGACCUUAGGCUAUUCAGCGAAUAGAAAACCCACGCGUUUCAAUUCGUGGCGCGUUUUCUGGUUAUUACGCGAUAUGUUUUCCUUCGGUUUUUCAAACCAUCCUUGUGGUUCGCCAUGCUUAUUCAUCAGAAUUGUGGUCAUUCUUACAGUGUCCUUCUCUGUUGUUUUAUCGGAAGACUUGAAGACGAAGAGAAAAAGUGGUGAUACUCGUGUAUCAAUAACUCCAGACAAAAAGGAAAUCAAAAACCAUAUAGAGCAAUUUGAUGAUCCGGAAACUGUCGAAAAAUUCCUACGUGAUCUUCUUAAUCCAGACCUAUUGUUCCCUCAAAUUCCAAAGGAUAAGGAAGAUAUAAAUGUUGAGUCAGAAUCACAAGAUGAUCCACUUGAUUCAAAUAUGAAGGAUGAAAACCAAGAAUCGACAGAUGAGUCUCAACAUGAUUCAACUGCGAACGAUUUUCCGGGCUCCCAAAGCAUCCCAUCGAUUAAUGAUGAAAACACAAUGAAAAGCAUUCAUUCGCCACCUGAUGAGCAUGAAGAUUCGGAACAAAGUGUUGCUCAGCGUUUGUAUGACGAAGCUAUGAGUAUUUUGGAGACAGAAAAUCACAAGACAUCUGCUGAUAAAACUGCACUAGAACUCUUGAACGAAGCUUCCAGACAGGGUCAUACAAAGGCAAGGGAACAAGUGGCUAUGCUGACAUUGCUUGGAGGUUACACUGCAGACCCUUUUAAAAGCGCAUAUUCUGCGUUCGAAGAGCUGUCUAAUGAAGGCAACCCUCGCGGUCAGUUUGGCCUGGGAUUUUUGUAUGCGUCCGGAUUACACGUUAAUGCAAGUAUUCCACAUGCAUUGAUAUAUUUAACAUUUUCGGCUCUUGGAGGAGAUAAUUUUGCUGAUAUGGCUUUGGGCUAUCGUUACUGGACUGGUGUUGGUGUUGAAGAAGAUUGUGAAGCAGCACUAACACAUUAUCAUCGUGUGGCUCAAGUCGUCUUUAAAGAAGUUUCCGAACGCUCUGAAUCUGGUGGUCCAACUCUUCUUGGACCUAUGGUUAGACGUGCUCGUCUUUUAGACGAAAUAGAUGCAAUGGGUAGUUUAGAUGGUGGUGAUCUUACAAUCAGUGAGGAUCUGUUCCAAUAUUAUCAGUUUAUGGCUUACAAAAAGAAUGUUAGUGCUAUGGUUGGAUUGGGUCAGUUGUAUUAUUAUGGUAGACAUGGUGUUGAAAUGAAUCAUGAAAAAGCUUUUUAUUACUUUAAUCUGGCUGCUGAAUCUGGAAGCGCCAUAGCCAUGGCUUAUUUAGGCGAGAUGUACAUGGUCGGUAGCACAGCUGUACCUGCCGAUUCGACGAAAGCCUUGAAAUAUUUACGUAAAUCAGCCGAGGAGAAUAAUCCAAUAGGGCAAACAGGUUUGGCGUUGGCCUACUUAUAUGGUCGAGCCGGUUUACCGGUUAAACCAGUUAUCGCAAUGGAGUUAUUUCUGAAAGCUGCAGAUCAAGGUUGGCCUGAAGCUCAAUUACAUCUUGGUCGUCUAUUCUUAGGUACUCAUGGAAUAAAAACUGAUUACAAAUCAGCUUUGAAGUAUUUCACUAUGGCAUCACAACAGGGUAAUGUAAUGGCUUUCUAUCAUCUAGCUGAGAUGCAUGCCAAAGGUACAGGAGUAUUACGAUCCUGUAGCACCGCAGCCGAACUUUUUAAAAAUGUAGCUGAACGUGGUCGUUGGUCGAAAAUGUUCAUGUCUGCUUAUUCUGCUUUUCGCAAUCGUCGUUAUCAUGAAGCAUUCGUUACAUACCAACUAUUAGCAGAACUCGGUUACGAAGUGGCUCAAAGUAAUGUAGCUUUCAUCCUAGAAGAAGAAAAAGCUACGGGAAUUCCAAAUAAUGAAAUUCACAAACGUGCGUUUACACAAUGGCAACGAUCUGCGACACAAGGUUCCACAAGUUCUCGUGUGAAGUUAGGUGAUUACUAUUAUUAUGGACUUGGUACUGAUGUUAGUUACCAGAAAGCUAUUCAACAUUAUCGAAUCGCUUCAGAUCUACAUCAUAAUGCACAAGCAAUGUUUAAUUUAGGUUAUAUGCAUGAACAAGGAUUGGGAUUGAAGCGAGAUCUUUACUUAGCCAAAAGGUUUUACGACAUGGCCGCUGAAGCAUCGAUCGACGCACGAGUAGCUGUAUACCUAGCUCUUAUACGUCUUUCAUUUUAUUUCGUUAUGGAAUUUUUCGGUGAAUCAAGUUUCGUAAGUUACUUAAAUUACUUUAAAUUUUUGAAACGUAUAUUGUUUUCACUCUCAAAUAAUUGAUGCAUGUUUUAAGCAAUAAUUUUAGGUCACUUUUAAUGUUAUGCUUUCGUCAACUAAGCAUUUACAAAAAUCGAUAAUUAUUCAUUAAAAUUGGUCAACAUCUAUUGAGUACACAGGUGGUAUUCGUCAUGGACAGACAUCUAUUAAGGAUAAUAUUAUAAUACUGAGUGCGCUUUAUAUUUGUUCCAUCCCAUUUUUAAGGAACUAACAUUUUCCAUGCAUAGUCCGUCAGAGAUCGAACCGUCCAACGUUACUCUAAUGUUGCAUAUAUUUUAGAGUAAACAAGUUUUAAUUGUGAAGUUCUAACCAUAAAGUAUUUUUUUUUAAAUAAGCAUCUUGCUAAGUAGAUGAAACAAAAUAAAUUUGUUACUAUUUCAUAUUCUUAAUUCAAUUUGUCUCAAUUAUUUUGCAAAUAUUUUCAUACAUACUGUGUAAUUAUAUUUGAGAUUAAUAGUUAUGCCGAAAUUCAGCAUUAAUAAACGUUGUAUUUUCCCUGUUUAUCUUCAAAUGGCAUAAUAUUUAAGUGAUAAAGUUAUUAGAAAAGUUACCAGAAAUUAAAUUACAAAUAUUCUUCAUUACUUUUGCUAAGAUAUUUCUGUGUAACAAAUAAGUUCGGAAGUAAUAAAUGUGACCAUUAUCAUCUUAUCAAUAAUAGACUUAUAAUUUACUGAUUACAUCACAUAAUUUAACUUAAUGUAUUAUAAUUAUCUUAACGUCUAGUUUAAACAUUUACUCCAAUCAAUCCACUCAUGUUAGAAGCUUCAAUCAUACAACAAUUGUUGAGGAUCAAAUCAUAAAUUCACAUUUAAGAAAAAAGUCUUAUUCAUAAACUCAUUAGCUAUAUUAUCUAUUGACUCUGUUUAUCUUAAUUGUUAAAAGAAAAACAGAUCAUUGGAAGUUUUUAUCGUAUAAAUCAUUGUUGUUCUUCUCCUUCUGUUUUAGUUUCAAUAUCUUGGAAGUAUAUUUGGUAGUAGAUCAUUUACAGAUGAACAUGAGGUAGAUAGUGUAACAGAUUCGACAGAAACACCAACAAUAUCAUCUCAUCCAUCUGGACAUUUAUUAUCAACUAUGGAUUGGGAUUUUUAUGCAAUACCAUUUUUAACAGGCUUAUUAUUGUUGUUCUUUUUUUAUAUUAGACAUAGAAGGGUUUAAAAUUACUAUUUCUGUGUGUAAUUUUUCUGUAAUGUAUUUGUAUAUGUAAUUUGGAGCAAUGAAUGAAGUCGGUAAACUUUGGAAUAUUUAUUUAUUCUUCAGAUUUUCCUGUUGUGUGAUAAAUUAAUUAUCUACUAUCUUUUCUUUUCACUGCCCUUCGUUGUCCUUCUUUGUCCCUCCACUAUCUUUAUUUUCAAUUUAUUUUUAGUUCUACUUUUGCUUUCUUUUUGUUUUGUAGACAUCAAUGUCUAUAGAUUGUAAAGUUCAUUCUUUCUUUACUACUACUAUUACCAACACAUACUGUAUUUGUGUGUGUGUGUGUGUGAUUAUACACUGGGUCGAACUUUCACGUUGCUGUUCUUUACAAAUAAAGAGGAACAUUGUGUCAC